GUAGUUUUUUCAGUUUACAUCUCUACACACAGGCGCGUUGCAUUGCACCAAGGAAAAAGAUGGCCUCACUAGCAAUUGCCGCCGCCCAGCCCACCGCCGUGAAGGGCCUCUCCGGCAGCUCUCUCGCCGGAACUAAGCUCCACGCCAAGCCAUCUCGCCUCACCUUCAAGCCCACCAACUACAGGAGUGGUGCUGUGGUGGCAAAGUAUGGUGACAAGAGUGUCUACUUUGAUUUGGAGGACAUCGGCAACACCACCGGGCAAUGGGACUUGUAUGGAUCAGAUGCACCUUCACCAUACAACUCACUUCAGAGCAAGUUCUUCGAAACAUUUGCUGCCCCUUUCACCAAGAGAGGUCUGCUGCUCAAGUUCUUGAUAAUUGGAGGUGGUGCCACUCUUGCCUAUGUGAGCUCCCAAGCAACCGGAGAUGUUCUGCCGAUAGUCAAGGGCCCUCAACUUCCGCCUAAGCUUGGCCCACGUGGAAAAAUCUAAUCUUCGUGAGCUUAAAAUUCUUAAACAUUUUAGUUGUGUAUGAUGUUUGAUUUCCACAGCUUUGUAAGUAAUUCUCAAACCUACUUGUGACAUUGUUGAUCAUCAUCAUCAUCAAAUGUUGUAUUAUUAGUCUU